CACAUUCGCUGCGUUCACAGCGGCUAGUUGGAAUUUGUUGUCGAUGCGUUGCGGUUGUGAAAAGCGGACGUGUGCGCGUACAUAUAUCACGCUCUAUUGCGAUACGGGCGUAUGUGCAACGGUUAAAGUGCUACAGUUUUUUUUUUUAUAAUUUAUGAAAAAUUUUGCAAAUCUUCAUUUUCAUUUAAAACGAAAAUAUGUAGUGGAAAUGCUAUUCCUCACAGAUAAGCUUAAGAUUUUGUUGUAGUAUGACCUUUUUUGAAUGAUGUGGAAAUGAAUGGUGACAAAUGGUGUAUCCAGACGAUGCAGACAAAAAUUGGCAGUGAACGGCGCUUCCUGUCACAGCGCAGCUUACAAUUGCUGCCGUUCCGGCCAGCGAUUCCCAUUGGCCUUCUCAAUUUUUUUAGUGAUUUUUUAUAGAUACUCGGUAGUUGUUUGUGAACAUGUGUGUGAACCAAGAAAAAAUUCACGAAAAUAUGUAUGAAGAUUCUUUUAAACAAGUAUUGACUUUCUAUUUUUAUUUUUCAAUAAAUCUCAAUAAUAUAUUGCGUCCAAUACUUCUCCAGUAAGAAAUUAAUUACCGAUAUUUAUCUCACGUGUUUAAAAGUGCCAGCGAACGUAAAUCGCAAAAAUUGUCUGUAUUUCUGCAAAGUCAAAAUCUUUCGCGCAGAACAGCAAUAAUAGAUAAAUGUUUUUUCCCCGAUUUAUACACGUCUAAUCCAUUAAGUGCUUCAAAUCGCACACAAGCGUGAGCAACCUACCCCAAGCCAAUGAGGUGACGCUCAUGCAAAAGCAACAAAAGUAGUGGACCCAGCACGCCGUUUAAAGCAGAAUAUGUCCACACAAUAAAAUCGCAACAAUUGCAGAAAAGAGCAGCACUAAGCGGCUUACCACACGGCGGAAAUAGCAUAGUCAACAGCAAAGAUCAAAUAACCGAGUGCCCGAACAAAGCAGCAACCUGGCAGACAGUGGCGAUCAUCUGCUCCACCACCUCCAUCCACCAUCGCCGCCACCACCUCAUGGAUAGCAUCCACAGUGCGACCACACAAAAACACUCGCAGCACGAUUGCACACCGAUCGGCAAACGUCGUCUGCUCCAACGACGUCGUCAUCAUUGUUGAAGCAGCUUACCAAUUUUGUUAUUGUCGUUGUCGUCGUCGUCUUCGUCUACGUUGGUGAGCUGAGGCCACAAGUACCACGGCAACUUGACGGAAUUGUUGGUGUUGUUUUCGGUUGUUGAUUUUCGACUUUUGGCACAUUGCGACUUCAUACCUUUUGUCAGUUGCUGCCCCAUCAGUGGAGUCGACGAAGCAGUGGCUAAAUUUUUUCAGCCGACUUUGUCAACGGGAAUGGCGCUCCGGUGGCGCUAGUACGAAUUUAUCUACCGACGCGCGUUGUUCGGUGUUGCGGUGUUUCGUUUCGUAUGUUGGGGGCAAGCAAUAUUUAUGUACGCAGGUUUUUUGUUUUUGCUUAUCGAAGAAGCGAAAAUGUCUUAAUGUGAAGCCGCGCAUGCGUUAAGAAAAGUGAAAAAUGUGAAAAGCUAAUAAAUCCAAUACGAAGGAGCUACCGAAUUAUGCUGGCUGUCAGUGUCAUUGCUGUUAGUGUGGCGGCGUGAAAAAUUGCUAAAAUAUACUAACGAAGUACGGUGGUGCUCUGAAAAGAGCAUUUUGUAAUAACGGAAAUGUGCGCCAAUGCAUUUGUUUGUGUAGCGCAAAGUGAUUUUUUUUCUUUUGUUUCAGAUUUUGCGAAAAUUUUUAAUUCGAGCUGCAUUACAUAACAAAAAGCAUAACUGAAGCCUUGGCAAUAUUACGAGUAACAAAUACACGAGCUCAACUCAAAAUAGUUUUCUCCAAGUGCAUCGAAACGAUAUCAAAAUCAAAAUCAAAAUUUUUUCAAUCAAAAGAAAGUGAAAUUCCACUCGUAAAAGUGUCGAAAUCUCCAAGUGUAUUCUUAGUACAUAGUGCGUCAAUUCCAAACGAAAAUAUUUUUAUCGUCAACAACAGCACCAGCACCAGCAACACCAACACAAUGGGUACGAAAUCGCCUGGUGGACCGCAACGUUGCCGUCUGAUAUUACAACGUUGUCUGGCCAUACAGCUGAGUAAGCCUGGCCAUACGCCGGAGGACUUUUGGAUGUACGAUUCGGGUUAUAUGAUUUUUCAGAACUUCCUCGCCGCGAAUGCUCAAUGCUGGUGGAAUGCCCCGCUCACCGCUGCGACGCGUGCCCUCAAAUAUGCCGGUCAUAUAGCUCCAGGGAUGCUAUUGGUAACCGCCGAACCAUGCGCGCUCGAAGUGCUACGUGGCGCUUAUGCGCGGAGCGUGCUGAAACCACCUGCGACCUAUGUCAUCAGCUCUGUCGGUGACAUCGAUGACUGCAUCGUAACACCGACCGUGCAAGGACAAUUUACCCCAUUGACGGAGGCUCUAUGUGAUGUCAUAAUGGACCUUACCGCAGAGGGUCAUUCGGCUACUAUAGAAAAUGUGCGCAUUAAGCUGAGCAUACGAUUUCCGCACAUGACACCACCUGCCACGGAAGUGAUCUACGAUACGUUGGCACAGUUGAUGCAAGAACAGAAAAUAUAUCAGACCUCAAAGGGUUACUUCAUCUUCACGCCAGAACGACGUCGAAGCCGUUCCCGGCCACGUGCCAUACGCAACGGUUAUCAGGACUUUGAAGAAACCGACGAAAUACCUCAGGAGGCGCGGACUAUGCUCAUGACCAACGCGGAGGCGCUUCAUUCAUUUUACGGCGAAAUCUCCACCGAACGAGAUGGCGAUUUAACACAUCAAUGCAUACAAACUAAUUUGGCCGAUGUUAUUUGUGGCGGUAAUCCAAAUGAUAAAAUACUUUAUCCGCGCGCGGCUAAAAGACGCAGCGCCUCAUUCCCAACACCUCGCAGCCUGGAGAGAAGGCACAGUUUGCGUUUGUUUGGAUCUUCGAAACGAUUGCAGCGAUGCGCGUCGACACGAAGCCUCUCGAAGACAUACGCACAAACCUUAGCCACUGACAGCAGCAGCUCGGAGUAUCAAAGCACAGAUUCUUCGUCACCAAAAAAAGGAUCUUUAUUGUCGCGGCUCUUCAGGCGGAGUGGGCGUGCCAAGCAACGUCAAAUUGAAACGUAUUCAGCGCAGUUCCCGCCUGCCGAGUGGUUCAAUUCUCGAGCUGUUCAUCUGCACAGUGUUGGCACACAAACAGCCGAUCACGAUAUGCCGGUGGUGCAUACGCUUUCCAAUUCCACAUUCUACGACGGCUCGGAGUUAAGUCAACGCUCGCUUACACUGCCACGCCGACAUCGUCGCCACAUGUCCAGCGACUCGACUUUUCUCAUAUCAUCCCGAGAUUGUUCGCCUAUACGCCGGCGCUCACCGGUGUACAGCAGCAGUUCACUGCCCCGUUCAACGCAAUCCAUACCAGCUACGGCGAGCGGUACAACGAGUAUCACCACCGCUCCAGCGCCCACGAAUAAAAUCAAUCACUCCUCCGCGACGCUUUCAAGGCUUUCCACUCCGAAUCAAUCCGCGGCUGCAGCGACUGUACAGAAAUCUGCCUCUAAGAGCAUUAUCGGCAAACACAUUUUCGAGCAGUCACCUUCCCGCUCGUCUAGCAAAACAACAUCGAAACGACAGGCAGACAACAUUAUAGUGAACGGCUAUGCCAGUAACUUGGAAAGCGGUAAGGUUUGUUAUCGCAGUGUACAAAGUGGUCCAUCUAGUUUGGAAUCGGGCAAGGCUUCUUCCAUGCUUACCUCGGGACCAUCGAGUAUCGAUAGUGGCAAGGUGUCGUUCAGCAAAACCAGUGGUCAUUCUAGUCUUGACUCGCAGUGCUCGACCAAUACGGCAGUGGUGCAACCAAGUCCGGCCAGGUCGAUACUUGUAUUGAAUGGAUCGCCGCGCGGAACUCCGCGUCAUCAGGCCAUGCGCGCUCGUGCCGCUGAGCAAUCGCAGCGCCAACGUUCCUCAACUCCGUCACGAAUACUGGAGGAAAUCACUAAUCAACAAACGACAACAGGAAGAUCGCCAAAUCCUUCUACGGGGCAAUCUCUCUUUAAUGGCAUGCCCAGUUCGAACUCCAACAACUCAAUAACGCUGCAGGUGACUACCUCCAAUGGCAGUCAGAGUAACAUACCUAGCACGAAGAUUUAUGUGCAAAACUCACCGGCGCGUAGCGUUAUAACGCUGGAGAAUGGAAAGCUAAUAGAGAACUCAAAUGUGUAUAUAAUCAAUAAUGAAACGACAACUAACGAGAAGGGCGAAAUCAUCAAGAAAACCUUAUCGAAGCAGGAAACUACGCCCCUAAGGCCAACAACAACAGCAACAGAAAAAGAAUCAGACACAAUCGCAUACAACUCGAUCAGCGAGAAUGAAGCCAAUUCCGAAACAUGCGACUCCAUAUCCUUUAUAAGCGAAACAUCGCCGGACAAUCUGGACACGCUCAGCUCAACCGAAGUGAUUGAUACCUCAAAAUUCACAAAGAAUAUCAACAAUGAUGCCACCAUGAACAACAGCCGAAAAUUGUGCUUACAACUGCCCCAACACGGUUCCAGCAACAUUGUCUAUAAGAACAAUGUUCUGAAGAACGAAUCCAACCCGAACUCCCCCAGCGGCGAAAAGACACUGGCGAUGGCCGCCCUCGCUGCGAAGCAAGAUUUCGAAAUUGCAGGCUCAGUCGGUAAUUUACGCUUCUACGAGAAGAACACAAAGGAUGCAGCGCAAUCAAAACUAAUGAACUCCAAUUGUGAUUUAAAGAACCUGAAUCGCUAUGAGUCAUCGGGUAAUCUCCAAAAGACCGGAAACAUUCUCAGCUCAAGCCCAGCCAUCAAUGGAGACGAUCUUGCGCAUAUACUUCAAAAAAAUAUAAUUGCUGUGGGUAGUGAGCCAAAUUUAGCUUUAAAGGACAAUAACUGUACCAAUGCAAGUGACAAGUCUAUCGAAAAGGAAGGACUCGAUCGCCGAUUCAGUUUAUCGAAGGACCCAAAUGGCGCAGUGGCGCCGCCAGCGGUGGGCAAUGAAGACCUCUAUAAUUUUCCCAGUCUAACGGAUUUAUCUUUUAAUUUUACCUCAUUGGCGGCGCAGAAGAUUCUGCAGGGUGUAAGCUUGAAUAGUAUCGACACGUUGGUGGAACUUAAUAUGGCUGCUGCUGCAGCUGCGAACAAGGAGAAGCAACAAAACAAUCAACCGACGCCGGUCCGCACCGACUAUGGAAUGGUGUAGCAAACAUUGCAAUAACCGAUUGAUAAUUAUCAGGGUUUGAAUACAAAAAAAAACAAAGAAAAAUUAACAAAAGAACUAGAAAUAGGUCCAUAGUAACUCCUUGGGUGGCAUAAUAGAGUGAUUAAAUCUUGAUAAGCGCAAACACAGCUUUGACUACCAAAACUAAUUAAUAUGUAGAAAAUUUUCUAAAAGUAUUUUUUAGUUUUGAAAAAAAAAUACUAUAGCUCUUAUCCUGAGUUUCGCCCGAAAAAAAA